AUGAUUCUCAAGAUUGCCCAACUUUCACAGCAGAUGGCGGCCCAGCAGCAACAGCGUUCAAAUGCUGAACCCUCUUCAGCGAUCAGUCGCUCGAACAAUUAUGUUAAGCAUACAUCAUUAUCGCAAUCUAGGUAUGCUCACUUAGCUAUAUUGCUGCAGGCAAGCCACGCAGUACAAAAUAGAGGAUCAGAGAAUCCAGAUCGGAGUUCGUGCGUUCAGUUUUUCUACAUUUCUACUUUGAUUAGAUACGAUUGCCCAGGUAUAACACAACACGAUAAGACAAAAUGUUAUUUCAAUGGAAAAACUUAUGAACUGGAUGUCCAAAUUCCGGAUGAACUAGUGAGUCCUUUUCAUUUAGAACAAUGCUACUGCCGGAGUGCGUCCCCAUUUACUCUGUUCCGCUGCUCUCACGUCAACAACAAACCAAAUAGUUAUUGUUCCACAGAAAAAGACUGCGGAGACGAUAGGAAUAAGUAUGUCAAAUGUGUGCUAAACGGAGAAGAAUACUUCGGCGGUCAGCACAUGUAUCCGAGGUCAGAUAAAUGCCAGACCUGCAUCUGCCACGAGGGUUUCAGCGAGGCAAACAUAGCAUCCGAUCCGCACUGUUACGAAUCAACCUGCGGGUUCGAGUUGUCCAAGUUCGCCAAACAUGCUUAUAACGGGGGCUCUCCAGUAUAUUUCGAAGAUGAGUGCUGUCCAUGGGAAUGGACAAUGCCUAAAGAGUCAGACAAACUGGCUGAAACCACGCAUAGACAACAGUCUGACGAUCCUCUUUGGCAGUGCAAAUAUGGAAAAUUGAUUAUGAACAUUGGUGAUACGUUGGUACCGGAGGUGUCGGAUGGCUUUACGUACAGGUGUACUUGUACCAUUUCUCCUCUGGCGCAUUGUACUAAAUCUAGAAAUGUUCCACCCUGAAAAAUCGAAUGUUCUACAUAAUCAACAAUUCUCUCGCGAUGCAAGAGAAAAAUGUAACAACUAACAAUUUUGUCGUUCGUCAUAGAAAGUGAAAACAUACUUUUUACCUUAUUGGUCACGCGAAAAACCAAUUGUUUUUCGUGGCUACUUCCUAAUUGCACUACUAUUGAAACUACAACUUGAAAUUACUAAUUAAAUUACUUUCAUGUACUCACGUAUUAUAGUGUAAUUUAACUAAUAGCAGUGAAUUAAUUCAUUUCCAAGACAGAGUUUUAGUUCGUCAAAAAUUUUCAACUGCAGUGUUGACAUUCCCGCCUUCAAUAGUACAUGUUUAAUCCUUCAAAAAAACAAGCAAAUAAUUGCGUAACACUUUAUCCAAACAGGUGUUUUCAUUUAUAAGUUAUCUUAUAUUUCUAACACAUUUUUCCAAUAUCAAUAAACAUAUCUUUCAACAA